AUGGCCGAGUCGGCGGAGCGGAGAGACGUCUUCAAGCUGAGCCGUGAUGGGCUGUCUGUACAGGAAGUGGUGGACGCCGUCAGCAGCCCGUCCUGCGGCGCCAUUUCAGUUUUCAUAGGUACGACCCGCGAGGACCAGGUGGACGGCAGGAAGGUGGUCGGUCUGGAGUACGAGGCGUACGAGCUCAUGGCCCAAUCUGAGUUCACCAAGCUGUGUGCUGACAUCAGAGCGCGCUGGCCAACCGUGACGCACAUCUGCGUCCACCACCGGCUCGGGUGGGUGGAGGUGGGCCAGGCCAGCGUUGCCAUGGCGAUCUCGUCUCCUCAUCGCCAAGAUGGCCAGCAGGCGAUCCAGCACUGCAUCAACCAGCUGAAGGCCAACAUCCCCAUCUGGAAGAAGGAAGUCUAUGACUCGCAGGACUCGAGCUGGAAGGAGAACGCAGAGUGUUCGUGGUCCAGCGGCAGGAAACUCUACCCGGACAAGUUGUCCACAGAGAACAGUUGAGUGGAACUGAACACUGUUAAUAAAGUUAUUCUCUUUUGAA